AUGGCCGCUAAACUUAAUGAUUAUGUCUCCAAGAAAUAUUUGAAUCCAAUCCCGUUUCCUUUUCCACCACACGGCGGUCCAGCAUUUAUUUCAACUCUAAUAAAAUACGAUAGCGACCAACAAAGAGCACCAUUUUUAUAUCAUCGAUUAAUCAAGCAAAUAGAUUUGUAUCAGCUGGCGGAAGCGAUUCAAGAAUAUUAUUCAAGUUUUUCAAACGCAUCAAUAAAUACUGCGACAUUGUAUACGUUGAAAAAGCUUUGUCACAAAUUGAUCAACAGCACUGAGAACACCUUUUUUGAGCUUAAUUGUCAAUAUGACAGUGUGAAAAAUUCAACUUUUGGAGAUUGGAAUAUUUACCAAAUACCAAAUGCCAACGCAUCAUUAAGCAAACUGCAAUUGUGUCAGCUAAUUUCCUAUAUCAAAUUGUUCAACAAUUUAAAAUCUCUAAAUAUUUACGUAUCUGAUGAAACAAACGGUGACAAGCUUUUGUCUGAACUCGGCAAAAACUUACCAAAAAUACUGGAGACUCUUUACAUUAAUGGUGAUUUCGAGUUUUCAGAGGAAUCACUCGAAAAGUUUUUGCUUGGGGCAAGAGAAGUAAAAUUUCAGUCAUUAGGCUUUCCGGAAUCGGUAUGCAUUUCAGAUGGACAUUUGGAAACUAUUUUGAGGGCGAUUCACGAUUCAAGUUUGGAUAUCAGCAUUAAAAAACUUGUUAUUUAUUGCGCAAGAUUUGUGACCACAGAUCAAGCUAUAAAAUUUCAAGACCAAAGAAUUGAAUAUGAGACUUUACGAUCCACAUUGACUGCACACCCGGAUACAUUACUUGGUACGAUGUUUGCUGAAAGAAACAAGCACCUCCUAAGGCCAAAAAACGGCAACGAGUAUUUUAUCGAUCGCAACAGCCGUGCGUUCUACUACAUCAUGGAAUACUAUCGUACCGGCGUAAUGAACUGGCCAAAUAGAAAUUCAGAAGAAAACAAAAAUGACGUAUCACUACAAGAACUCAACACCGAACUCGAUUACUUCCAAAUAAAAGUAAAAUUAGAAGAUCGACGAGCCGAGAACAUUGUUCUGCAACUCAGCAAAUCACUCGACUCGUUUGUCUUUUAUCUCGAGGAAAAUUUCGGCCAACAUAUGGAAAAUAUGGAGUCUGAUAUUUGGUUUAGAGUAUCACCGGAUGCGGAGCCGAAGUUUUGGAUAAAAAAUUCAGGAUGGAUCUCUUCGCCGUUCACUUCAAACAAAUCAUUAGCAUUUCAUUUGAUGAAGAGAUUUAGGGAUGAGAUUUACCAGCAUUUAAAGACGACCUUUAAUCGAGCAAAAAUUGAAACGAGAUCUCAGAAUAAUGAUCAUAUAGAAUUCAUAUUUACUCCAUACUAUGACCUUGAUGCGAUUUUAAAUCUAACGAACUUGAAAUACAAAUAG